CGCCAGACAUCUAUAAAGAGAGCCGGGGCGCAGCUGCCAGCGUGCCUCCAGCGCAGCAUCGUGGAGAUGGCCAUAGAAUUCGAGACUUUAGGCAUGCCGUACAACCGGGCGGUCCCGCUGGGCCUGGAGGUGGACUCCUGGGUGCUGCUGGAAGGCCUCAUUCCGAAGCAAAGCAAAGGGUUUCAUGUGAACUUUGCCUAUGGGCAGUUCCGUGGGGCCGACAUCCCUCUGAAGUUCGAACUCCAGUUCAAGAGGACCCCACCUGCCUCUGCCAGGUCCAUCCUGAGUCUCAACAGCUUUGCAAAUCAGUGGGGGAAGGAGAUCCGGAUGGAAACUCACCUGCAGCAAGGCCAAAGGUUCAAGCUUCGUUUCAUCGUCACCAGCAGAGGUUACAAGAUAAUGGAGAACAGCAUCUUGCUUUCAGAGUUUGAGCACCGCCUUUCGCCCAAGGCCGUCCGUUUCCUGGAAAUGGACGGGGAGAUCAAGCUGGAGAAAGUAGCCUUCAGCUGGGAGAGGAACAGGGAAACCAGGAACCCGCGGUUUGGCGAAGGCUGACAGGAGGAGCCACGCAAAUC